AUGCGAUUCACACCGGCCCAAAUCCAGGUGCUGGAGAGAAAGUUCCAGAAGCAGCACUACUUGCUUCCCGCCGACCGCAAGUUCCUGGCCAAGUCCCUGCAGAUGACGGAGAGACAGGUGAAGACUUGGUUCCAGAACAAGAGAGCCCAGUACAAGCGGACACGCCCCCUAGUGAGGAACCCCGUUUACCACCACCCGGGUUUUCCUGGUACCACACCACUGCCCGUCACCGCCUUACCACGACUGCAGGUCUUGCAGGCCGGACCGCUAGGCAUCAAUAUUCACUUCCCAGUCACCCCGAGUGGUGCUCUAGGAUGCAACUCGACACUGCUGCCACCACCUCAUCUCGGACUCGCCACCUUCAACCCCACUCCCAUACCUCCUCUUCCACCACAUCUCCCCAUGCCAAUGGCGUACAUCCCAGUCCCCCUCACUCCAGCCGAGUAA